UUUCGCUUUGUCCAAGUUUAUUGGAAUCGCUUGGCGAUUUUGCUGAAGAUUAAUGAUGUACAAACGAUUGAGUUCCAAUUGAUCGUGGACGUUGAAAGUUUGAGGUUCGUACUAAAAGCGACCAAAUCUCAACGCACCCACCAGGCCCAUAAAAGCCUCCUUGUCCCUGUGCCUAAAGCCUUACGUGGCUCACGUGCGCUGGGUCAGGCUACUACGCCAGACCGUGUUGCUCUGGCAUCUCUCACGGCCACCUAUACCGACUCGGAGGGCGAGGACGGGGUGGAAGACGAGCGCCUGCAGGAGGAGAAUUCGAACACUCCCCAGGGGGCCGCCCCGCAUAAUGCCCAAGUCGGUCGUCAGCCCCAGGCCCGAUCCAUCAGUCCCAUAUCUGGCCGUUCAGCCUCGCACAGUCCCGUCGUCGGCAAGUUCGGUAGUAGCGACUUGCCGGACGCGACCACGAAGGUGCAGCGAUUGGUCUCUUAUUUUGACACGACAGUCUCCGACGACGAGGGGGCGGCCGUUGCACUGCCGGUGCCGUUGUUGACGACGGCGAGCGCGACGGUGGCGGAACGCACCGAGGAGAAUGGUCUCCCGGCCGGCGCUGCUGCUCUUAAUGCUGCUGCCGCCGUUGCCGUCACUGCUACCGCUGCCGUCGUCGCUGCCACUGCCACCGUCGCCGCCGGUGCUGAACGCCGGUCGCCCUCCUUGCGUCCCGGAGAAUUGCUUUCAGAUGGUGUCGAGACGGAUCCUUAUGGGGUAAUAAUCCCGCCGGAGCCGGCGACUCAAUGUCCCCCCGAGCUGCAGGACAAGAUCACGAAGCUCUGUCGGAAGAUGGAGAGCGGCGGGCUGGACAUGAAUUUGCUGAUCCAGCAGCGCAAGGAUUUUCGGAAUCCCUCAAUUUACGAAAAACUCAUUCAGUUUUGUAGCAUUAACGAGCUGGGCACCAACUAUCCACCGGACAGAUUCGACCCGUUCAAAUGGAGCAAGGAUUCUUAUUACGAGGAGCUUGCCAAGGUGCAAAAGGCGGAGAUGGACAAGCUCGAGAAGGCGCGUAAGGAGAAGACGAAGAUCGAGAUCGUAUCUGGGACUGCAAAACGGCCAAACAGCUCUACCAGUGGUCCCGAGGAUGAUGCCAAGAAACGGAAAAGUAAAUGGGACCAGGUGGCAACCGGCGGCACCGCCGCCGCCGCCGCCGUUGCAGCCGCAGCUGCUGCUGCCGCAACGGGUAAGCCCACGGUCCUUCUCACUCAACCCACCUUGACGACACUCACGUCGUCCGCCACCGGUACCAAACCCACCGUUAUAUCGGCCUUUGGCUCGUUGCCGAAGAAAAGAUUGUAACAUAUCGUGUAAAUGUCCUGUAAAUAAUAAUGUCGAUUAGGUGCAUCGUUUCUUAGAGAAUUACGAGACUGCGGAUAAAGAAACGAAGUUCACCGAUGUCUUAUAGGUUUCGUUUAUUUUUAUAUUUAAGCUAUUAUCAAUUUAGAUUACGUACAAAAAUAAAUACGAUCUCGUUUUCUAUACCAGUGCCUUGCCUUUACAAUCAAUAUAUUUGAUAUUUCAUAAAGAGGUCGAUUAAAUUUUAUGUAUAUACGUUGUAUGUCAUCACACAUAUACACGAUAAAAAUAGAUAAAAAUAACUAUAUUGUCAUAUAAAUGUAAAGUCAAGAAGUUAAAAAUUCCUUGAAGCACGAAUCUUGAACAUAAUUUACGGACCAACAAAUCAACAGAAUAAAUCUUUAUGCUUUCUAUUAUAUUU